UCAGGGCUAUCUUACUCUGCUAUAAAUUCUGCACGCAGUGCAUUAUCUGCCAUAACCCAGACCAACAAUCGAAACAAAUACAGCAUUAAUAUGAUGCAGCAUUGAUAUAAAACAUCAUAUUGCUAUCAUAUGACAAAUAUUCCAAUAUGCAUUCUAGUAAUCAAUGUAUAACAUAAUUCACACAAUGUUUGUGACCUACCGAGCCUGAAAUCUCUAUGAACUUUGCAAUUUACUUUGCAGUUGUAUUUUACAGUUCCUUUAUAGCCAUAUCAGUCCAACGGACACAAAUAAAAAACUAAAAGAAAAACCAGAAGAGGAAGUACCGAAAAUCUUCAAGAGUCUUGCUUACCCCUUCACCAUUCAUAAAACAUCAUUAUCCAAUGUUGGCUCACCUCACACAUGGCCAGUGCUCCUUGGUGCACUUCACUGGCUUAUGGAACUUGUCAAGUUGGCUCAAAAUGUUAAUGACACCAUCGACGAAUGUCUGUUUCCCAUGAAUGAUGAGGACAAGUUGUAUUUUGAUUACCUUGAGAAAGCGUACGAAGCGUUUAUUUACGGUCAAGACUUAGAUAAUCUGGAUGAGUACACAGAAGCACUAUAUGAAGAACUGAGAAACAAGAAUGCUCCACUUAUUGCUGAAAACGAAGAGCUGAGUCACGAAAACAAGCUACUGGAGGAAGAACUGGCGAGACUUGAAAGUGAACCGUCAAAGCUUGAAGCAUUAGUGGAACAAAAGAGAACACUAGAGCUCGACAAGACUAAAUUCUACACCUACAUCACUGAUCUCGAGAAGCAUCGUCUCAAACUUGAGGAAAGAAAAAUUCAGAACGAAGAAGAAUUGAAUGAUCUCAGUAAGUGCAGUGUGGUGUCUUGAGGCAUCCUCUUACACUUGCGUAGGGUGAACUACCCCUCCAAUGUACAAGCCCUAUCCUGAGUAUGUCCAGUUAGGUCACCCCAAUCGUGAAACUCAACUCACUUUCACAGAAAAACCCUACCGCUUAUACGCUGACCCUUAGAUAAGCCCAUUUACUUGGGUAAUGUUUAUAGAUCACUUCAGUACGUACGUACGUAUAAUAUAGUCCAUGCAAUACUUCUGCCUCCCCCCCUCCCCCGCUAUAUUAGCGUCCAUGUAUAAGUCCAU